AUGGAUCCCUCUCCAGCAGAGUGGCUCUCCCCGGCAAUUGUAUCUACCUCUCUCGGAGCUCCCGCUAUUUAUAGCAUACAAGAAAAACUCAAAAGUGCUGCCGUUGAUUAUCCCUCCGAAAAGGAUUUAUUCUCCGCGGCAGAGCGCAUCGCGGACCUAUGCCAACUCUUCGACAUUAAAAUCGUAGCCUUUGGGCCAUUUCAACGCUACGAAGGAUUGCGGGAUCGAGCGCGGCACGAAGCCAUGAAAGAUAUACUCAAAACCCAGCUCUUGCUUGCGAUAAAACUUGGCGCCAAGACAAUUAUAGUCACAGCUAACCAUCUCCCACAAGACGAGCUGUCAGAAGAGUUUAUCCUCGAAGACCUCAAACUGAUUUCUCGGUGGGGAUUGGAUCUAGGUAUCAACAUUGCAUACUCUUUUACGUGCUACAGCACCAUUAUCAACAAGUGGUGGAAAGCAUGGGAAGUUGUAAAGUUGAUUGACAGUCCCAACUUCGGUCUCUGUCUGAGUACCUUCCAUAUAGCUGGUGGUUUGGGUGAUGAUACGUCGGCCUUGUCUUACAAGGGAUCGGAAGAGAGUAUUAGACGCACGAAUAGCCUCAUUCGUAUGAUGGAAGUAGUACCACCAAGCAAGAUAUUCCAUCUCCAAGUUUCCAGUGCCGUUCCCUUCAUCGAUUCGAUAAGCGAGGAUCAUCCCUGGUACAACCCUCAUGAAACCCCCUAUAUGAGCUGGUCACGACACGGCAAGGGUUUCCUGUUCGAGAACCCCCUAGGCGGUAUUUAUUCGAUGGAGGACUUAGCGAAAUACAUCGUUCUUGGCUCGAGGUACAAAGGUUAUAUUUCGAUGGAAUCAUCCAUCCCGGCUAGCGAGAAGGGGCGGAGCGUACCAGCUGAUUACGCCCUUCGUGCAAAGAUAUCUUGGAUGAAGUUUCGGAUCAUGCUCGAGUUCAAUGAAAUGCCAACCCCAUAG